CGCCACUGCUCUCUGCCUGUGCCACUGUUGCUGCCACCGCCGCCAUGCUCUCCUCCCGCACCCCGCUCGCCGCCCGCCACGACCAGCCCUGCCUGUUGCCCAUGAAGAGCCAGGCGCCCGUGAUGGGCCUGUCUCCUCUGAAGAACCUGGCGCUGAACGACAAGGAGAACACGCCGCCCGCGUUCACCAGCGCUCGUGUCCUGGCCAGCAAGACUGCCCGCAAGAUCUUCCAGGACGGGGAUGGGAAGCCGGUGUCCCGGGGCGCUGAGGAGGAGGAGGAGCCGCUGCUACGGGACAAUCCCCGCCGCUUUGUCAUCUUCCCCAUCCAGUAUCACGACAUCUGGCAGAUGUACAAGAAGGCUGAGGCUUCCUUCUGGACGGCGGAGGAGGUGGACCUUUCCAAAGACAUCCAGCACUGGGAGUCCCUGAAGCCUGAGGAGAAAUACUUCAUUUCUCAUGUCCUUGCCUUCUUUGCUGCCAGCGAUGGCAUCGUCAAUGAAAACUUGGUGGAGCGAUUUAGUCAAGAAGUACAAGUCACAGAAGCGCGUUGUUUCUAUGGCUUCCAGAUUGCCAUGGAAAACAUACAUUCAGAAAUGUACAGUCUUCUUAUUGACACCUACAUCAAAGAUCCUAAAGAGAGGGAAUUCCUAUUUAAUGCCAUUGAAACAUUACCAUGUGUUAAAAAGAAGGCUGACUGGGCCAUGCGUUGGAUUGGGGACAGAAAAGCAACAUAUGGAGAACGAGUAGUAGCUUUUGCAGCAGUGGAAGGAAUCUUCUUUUCUGGCUCUUUUGCAUCAAUUUUUUGGCUGAAGAAAAGAGGAUUGAUGCCUGGACUGACUUUUUCUAAUGAACUCAUCAGUAGAGAUGAGGGCUUGCACUGUGAUUUUGCCUGCCUCAUGUUCAAGCACUUGAUACACAAACCAUCAGAGGAGAGAGUAAAGGAAAUUGUUAUGAAUGCUGUUAUCAUAGAACAGGAAUUCUUGACUGAGGCGCUGCCUGUGAAGCUGAUUGGCAUGAACUGCACUUUAAUGAAACAGUACAUAGAGUUUGUAGCAGACAGGCUUAUGUUGGAACUGGGAUUUAACAAGAUAUACAAAGCUGAGAAUCCUUUUGACUUCAUGGAAAACAUCUCUCUGGAAGGCAAAACCAAUUUCUUUGAGAAAAGAGUAGGUGAAUAUCAGAGGAUGGGAGUCAUGUCCAAGCCCACAGACAACUCUUUCACCCUGGAUGCAGAAUUUUAAAUGAACAGGCCAUAUGAGUUAAGUGUGUAUGCUCCCCUGCUUACAGGGAAACAUGAAAUACAAUGAGUCAGUGUGACUUGAUUCUUGUACUGAAAUCCCACUCUUAAAGUGUGGUGAUAUUGGUACUUUCCAGGAAGCUAGCGUAGCUCCAGCAUUUAAAAUCCCUUAUUAGACUUUGCUAAUGGUGUUGAUUCAUAGAAUGCUUAGAUGUAUUACAACAUAUGCUACUCCAUUUUGUGGAAGAUACAGGCACCUUCCUUCUACAAGAUGGGAGGUUAUGGGCAGUGACCAUUAGCUUCUGUUCUCACAAACACAGCAACAGUUGAGAAAUCCUACUCUUAACAUUUGCUGAAUACUUUGCAGAAAACUCUGGAGGCAACUACAUGACCUCACUGCUUUUUUAGCAGGUUUUAAGUUUACCUUUUAUACUAUUGUUUUAAUAGUUUGUACAUAAACCUGGCACUUUAAUGUUGAAAAUAAAGACCUGUCUUGUAAUAAUUGAGAA